ACUACUGUAGCAGUAGUAGCAGCAGUACUAUUUACCUGUCAUCUUCUCCAUCUCUCUUCAUUAACACUCUCUUUUAACUCCUUCCUUACACUUCACGCCAACCGCCUGCUCCUCUCUAUUUCUCUCUCUCUUACACACAUUUUCAGCACAAACAUUGCAUACAAAUGGCAGUUUAAACUCUUUAUUUACUGUUUUUUAAUGGAGCUGUGGUAGAGCUGGUUCAUGCUCUCUGGUUUUUGAGAAUUGCUGUUGAUCGGAGACGAUGAGGAAAAAUGAGCAAGUUUUGGUUAAUUUUGAGUGCUGUCUGAUGAUUUUUAUCGGAGUGUUUUUGCUUCUCUGUCCGCUCGGUUCUACGCUGAACGAUGAAGGGAAGGCAUUGAUGUCGAUAAAGGAGUCGUUCAGCAAUGUGGCUAACGUGCUUCUCGAUUGGGAUGAUGUUCAGAACGCGGAUUUUUGUUCUUGGCGUGGUGUUUUGUGCGACAAUCUCAGCAACUCUGUUGUUUCCUUGAAUUUGUCAAAUCUGAACUUGGGUGGUGAAAUUUCUACUGCCGUUGGCGAUUUGAGGAAUCUACAAUCCUUAGAUUUUAUGGGAAAUAAGUUAACUGGUCAAAUCCCCGAUGAGAUUGGAAAUUGUGCUUCUCUGUAUCAUUUGGAUCUGUCUGAUAACUUGCUUUAUGGAGAUGUACCUUUUUCUAUAUCUAAGCUUAAGCAACUUGAGUUCCUGAAUUUGAAAAACAAUCAGCUUACUGGUCCUAUACCUGCCACUUUAACUCAGCUUCCCAACCUCAAGACUCUGGAUCUUGCUCGGAACCAGCUCAUUGGUGAGAUACCACGACUGCUCUAUUGGAAUGAAGUGUUGCAGUACCUAGGAUUACGUGGAAAUUCCUUGACCGGAACAUUGUCUGAGGAUAUGUGUCAGUUGACCGGCUUGUGGUAUUUUGAUGUACGGGGAAACAACCUCACUGGAACAAUUCCUGAUAGCAUUGGCAACUGUACAAGCUUUGAGAUACUGGACCUGUCAUAUAAUCAAAUUACUGGGGAGAUACCAUAUAAUAUUGGUUUCUUGCAAGUAGCUACAUUGUCACUACAAGGCAAUAAGCUAACCGGAAAGAUUCCUGAAGUGAUAGGUCUAAUGCAGGCCCUUGCAGUUUUGGAUUUGAGUGAAAAUGAGCUUGUUGGACCAAUUCCACCAAUACUUGGCAAUUUGUCAUUUACUGGAAAACUGUAUCUCUACGGAAACAAACUCACUGGGCCAAUUCCUCCAGAGCUUGGAAACAUGUCUAAACUUAGUUACCUUCAACUGAAUGACAACCAACUUGUUGGCAGCAUUCCACCUGAACUUGGGAAGCUUGAACAGCUAUUUGAAUUAAAUCUUGGUAACAAUGAUCUGGAAGGGCCUAUUCCGCAUGACCUCAGUUCUUGCACUGCGCUGAACCAAUUCAAUGUACAUGGUAAUGGGUUAAAUGGAACUAUUCCUCCAGGCUUCAAGAAAUUAGAGAGUUUGACAUACCUAAAUCUAUCAUCAAACUAUUUCAAAGGAAGGAUUCCUCUUGAGCUUGGACAUAUAGUUAACCUCGACACAUUGGAUCUGUCUGGAAACAAUUUUUCAGGACCUAUUCCAGCUUCUAUUGGUAAUCUAGAGCACCUUCUUACCUUGAACUUUAGCAGGAAUCAUCUUGGUGGACUAUUGCCAGCUGAAUUUGGUAAUCUCAGAAGUAUUCAAAUUCUUGAUGUUUCAUUCAACAAUGUUACUGGGAGUAUUCCUGCUGAAUUUGGGCAAUUGCAAAACAUUGUUUCCUUAAUCCUGAACAACAACAGCCUGCAAGGAGAAAUCCCCGAUCAACUUACCAACUGUUUCAGUCUCACAAAUCUGAAUUUCUCCUACAAUAACUUAUCCGGGAUUGUACCUCCUAUCAGAAACUUCUCACGGUUUCCACCAGAGAGCUUUAUUGGGAAUCCCUUGUUGUGUGGCAAUUGGUUGGGAUCCAUAUGUGGACCUUAUGUACCAAGGUCAAGAGCAAUUUUUUCCACAGCUGCAGUUGUAUGCAUGACGUUGGGCUUCAUGACUUUAUUAUCUAUGGUUAUUGUUGCAAUUUACAAAUCAAACCAGCAGAAACAAUUGAUAAAGGGAUCUCAUAAAAAUACUCAAGUUCCACCCAAGCUUGUGGUUCUUCACAUGGACAUGGCAAUUCACACCUUUGAUGACAUUAUGAGAAACACUGAGAACCUAAAUGAGAAGUAUAUCAUAGGUUAUGGUGCUUCAAGCACAGUGUACAAGUGUGUUCUGAAAAAUUCCCGACCAAUAGCAAUUAAGCGACUUUAUAAUCAGUAUCCAUACAACUUGCGUGAAUUUGAAACUGAACUUGAGACCAUUGGCAGCAUCAGACAUAGAAACAUUGUUAGCUUGCAUGGUUAUGCUCUAUCUCCUUGCGGAAACCUUCUCUUCUAUGACUACAUGGUGAAUGGUUCUUUAUGGGAUCUCCUACAUGGACCAUCGAAGAAGGUAAAAUUGGACUGGGAAACUCGCUUAAAAAUUGCUGUUGGAGCUGCUCAAGGACUUGCCUAUCUUCAUCAUGAUUGCAGCCAAAGAAUUAUCCAUAGGGAUGUCAAGUCAUCAAAUAUUCUAGUGGAUGAAAAUUUUGAAGCUCAUCUGUCUGAUUUUGGAAUUGCAAAAUGCAUCUCAACUGCAAAAACUCAUGCCUCAACAUAUGUUCUAGGAACAAUCGGCUACAUUGACCCGGAAUAUGCCCGCACAUCUCGGCUAACUGAAAAAUCCGAUGUCUAUAGCUUUGGCAUUGUUCUUUUAGAGCUUCUGACUGGGAAAAAAGCUGUUGAUAACGAGUCUAAUUUGCAUCAGCUGGUACUGUCCAAGGCUGAUGACAAUACAGUGAUGGAGGUUGUUGAUCAAGAAGUGUCAAUUACAUGUGUGGAUAUAACCCAUGUGAGGAAAACAUUCCAACUUGCUCUGCUGUGCACAAAGCGCCACCCUUCUGAAAGGCCAACCAUGCAUGAGGUAGCAAGGGUCUUAAAUUCGUUUCUCCCGGCACCUCCUACAAAGAAACCUAGUUCAGCUCCUCCGCCAAAGACAGUCGACUAUGCUAAGUUUGUGAUCGACAAAGGACAACAGCAUCCGGUUCCCAAACAUCAGCAGCCGCCUCAGCAGGAAAAUAACUCAUCUGAUGCUCAGUGGUUUCUUAGAUUUCGAGAAGUAAUUUCUAAGAACACCCUGUAAUUUUGCUCAUCUCUGAUAAGGAUGGGAUCAUGGGAACUCAUCUAUUUUGGCUCCUUGAGUUGUUUUCUGCUCCAAGAGUGGGUGGAUGAUGGUCAGUGGAAUUGCUUUUUGACUUGGGUUUGUUGAAAUCUAACCUAUUACUAAUUUAUAAAAUUACAAAUUAAUUAUUAAAAAAAAUUAUGUAGUUAGGAUUUAUUCUGUCUAGUAUUGGAUGUCUAUUUUGGAAUUCCUACAGCGGAUUCUUCUAAAUUUAGUCUUUUUAUGUUGUAAAAACCCUAUGUUGCAACAAAAUAUACGCUUAUUCUAGCUUUGGCCUGUAAGUACUGGCUUUUACAUUUUUUUAAUUUGAAUAUAACAUUAGAAACUA